AUGCACAGAACUUACUCCUUGAGAUCAUCUAAGGCUCCAACUGCCUCUCAAUUGCAGAGCCCUCCUCCUCCUCCCUCGUCAACCAAAAACAGGUUCUUUGGGUCCGGAGGAUUGUCCUCGUCCAUCAGAAAGGCAGCUGCCGGCGCCACUGGUCCCGAAUUGUCAAGAAAAUUGACUCAAUUCAUCAAGAUGGAAAAGAACUUUAUGAGGUCAGUCGAGGUGACGUCGAGAGAGAGAAAGGACAUUGCCAAGCAAUUGAGUGCUUGGGGUGAAGGUAACGAAGAAGACAUUAGCGACGUUACCGACAAGUUGGGCGUGUUGAUCUACGAGAUUGGUGAGUUGGAAGACCAAUACAUUGACAAGUACGACCAAUACAGAAUCACCUUGAAGUCCAUUAGAGACAUUGAAGGCUCGGUUCAACCUUCAAGAGAAAGAAAACAGAAAAUCACCGAUGACAUUGCCCAUCUCAAGUAUAAGGACCCACAAUCUCCCAAGAUCCCCGUUUUGGAACAAGAGUUGGUUAGAGCCGAAGCUGAAUCGUUGGUCGCUGAGGCGCAAUUGAGCAACAUCACCAGAGAACAAUUGAAGGCCGCCUUCAACUACCAGUUUGACGCUACCAGGGAAUUGGCUGAAAAAUACGCCUUGAUUGCCGGUUACGGUAAGGCCUUGUUGGAGUUGUUGGAUGAUUCCGCGGUGACUCCAGGUGAGACGAGACCCGCUUAUGAUGGCUACGAGGCCUCGAAGCAAAUCAUCAUUGAUGCUGAGAAUGCCUUGGCUAACUGGACCUUGGACUCCGCCGCGGUCAAGCCCACCUUGUCUUUGCACCACGAAUAUGACGAAGAUGAAGAACCAGGCGAAAUCGACGAGGCUCACCAACAUGAGUUUGCUAAGCACGAUGAAGUUGUGCCUCAAGACGGCCACGCUUAA